AUUUCCUUUCAGAUAGCCGCUAAGCGGGACAAGCAGUUAGAAGCGGAAGUAUUGGAAUGGAUACAAGAAAUUUUAGGAGAGCCUUUACCUAAUGGACCUUACGAAGAAAUUCUCAGAGACGGCAUUAUUCUAUGCAAGUUGAUGAAUCAACUUUCACCAGGUAUUAUUAAAAAAAUUAACACAUCAGGCGGCCAAUUCAAGAUGAUGGAAAAUAUAAAUAAAUUUCAAGAGGCUGCGAAAAAAUACGGCGUUGCAGAGAUUGAUGUGUUUCAAACGGUUGAUCUUUGGGAGCGUCGAAACAUUCCCCAAGUCACGCAGUGCAUUAUGGCACUUGGCAGAGCGUGCUACCUACACCCAGAAUUUCCUGGACCUUUCUUGGGACCGAAGCCAUCUGAAAAGAAUGAAAGAGAGUUUACGGAAGAACAACUUCGAGCCGGCGAAACCAUCAUUAAUCUGCAAUAUGGAACGAACAAAGGCGCCAAUCAAAGUGGAAUUAAUUUUGGAAAUACAAGGCACAUGUAAUUUCCCGAAUUCCAACGAAUCAAAUUCUGACAUUUGUAAAAAUCAUUUUAGUUUUUUUUUUUUUUCCUUCUUCUUCUUAAUGUUCAUAGAAAAUAAAUUUUUGUAAUCGUGAAAA